AUGACAUCCUCUUCCAGUCCUUCUAAUACUGUUCAUUCAUCCGGCAAGACUCUAAUUUCUUUUACUUCAUCUCAGUUUCCAUUGAAACUUACAUCUCAAAAUUAUCCUACUUGGCGUGAACAAGUGGUUCCUGUCUUGCGUGGUCAUAAUCUGAUUGGUUAUGUUGACAGAACGCUAUCGGCUCCUUCUCCGGUUAUUCAUCAAGAAGGAAAGGAUGGUUCAAAUAAAGCUAUGGAUGUUCCAAAUAGCGAUUAUGAAUUUUGGAUCUGUCAAGAUCAGUUAAUAUUGGCUGCCAUCAUCGCUUCUACAAGUUUUUCUGCUAUGCAUCUAUCUCAUCUGAAGCGAGAAACAAGGUCUGUAUCUGAGUAUUUGCAAAUUGUUAAGAAUGUGUCUGAGAACUUAGCUUUAGCUGGAAGUCCUGUAUCCCCUGUUGAUCUUGUGAUUCAUGUUCUGAAUGGCAUUGGGAGUGAUUUUAAAGAGAUUGCAGCAGCAGUGCGUGCAAGAGAUUCCAUAAUUUCGUUCGAGGAGCUUGAGGAUAAACUUCUUUCCGAUUACUGCAAAUAA